ACACAUCUGCUACACACCUCACAUCCCGUAAGCUGUAUACACACGCUUCCUUGUAGAAACAGCCAAAAGUCGCUCUCUGGAGAGUCACGGCCGUUUGCAGAGGGACAGUUUAGGUGAACGCAAUGGGGAAAAUAGAGUGGGCAAUGUGGGCCAAUGAGCAGGCUCUGGCGUCGGGACUCAUUCUCCUCACUGGAGGCAUUGUGGGGGUUGCUGGACAGUUCAGAGGCUGGCAGUUUGCUGCUUAUGCAGUCGCUGCUGGGGUGUUUGUGUGUCUACUUGAGUACCCCAGAAGCAAGAGGUCCAAGGGCACUAGUAUGGAAAGAACGGGCCAGUACUGCUUCACUGUGUGUGUCAAAUCCUUUGGCCCAUUGACUAGGAACUACUAUGUCAGAGCAUUUCUACAUGCUGCACUUUGUGUACCUGGAGGUUUUAUGCUCGCUACUGUCCUCGGAUGUGUCUGCCUCGGCAUUGCCAGCCUCAUCUACCUUGUGGCUGCUAUCCGAGGUGAACACUGGGAGCCCAUUCUUCCAAGAAAGGAGACCCGAACGCCAGUUGGAGAGAGCAUCAAGAAUCCUCCUCAGAAUCCCCCACCAAGACCUCCUCCAGAGAUGCGCAGGAAACGGGUAGAGGACCUGGAGGGAGCAGCCUAUGACAACCCCAUCUCUGUCACUGCCAACGAGUAACCAAACCAGUACCCUGACCUCUGUAUCCCUUCACCUGUCUGCCGGAGAUCUUUGAUCAGUUAAAUCCAUCAAAACCAGUCACAGGGGGACAACACCAGAUUGUCUGAUUCUGGAAAUAAUGAGUAGUUUUCAGGAAGUUUAGUGAAGAUAAUGACUGGACUACAGGUUGGGUCCGUACCUUCAUACCUCAGCCUGCAUAUAGAAACAUGUUGUAUUGAGAAUUCAGAGGAUGGGUGCAGUCAAUGUGAUAUUUUACUUUUGAAGAGAAAUCAUGCCACAGGAGGUAAAUGUUAAUGCUAGAUGUUAAGUGGCAACCACUAAAUAUUAUUAAAUAUAAAGUCAAAAGACUGGGUGAUGUUUUUUUUUUUAUACCAACUACCAUGUAUUUUAAGCUGUGGUGCAUCCACUGAAUUGUGUUGCCAUACAUAGAUCUCAGAAUAUAUUGUAUUAUGUACUUACUCUCGGUUCUUAACCCCUGUGUAUUUGUGUAUUUCUUGAAGUCAACUGAUCAAAAUACUGUAGGACUACUACAUUUUGUGUCUGUACUUUGACGUCUUGUAAAUCCUUGUGAAUCCUGAUGUGUCUUGUGUUUGUGCUUUCAUAUGUCUUGUAGUUUAAAAGUUUUCUAUUGAAAUUAUUUUAAGUUAUGACAUUUGCAACUUCCUCCUUUCGCAAACACACAGAAUUUCAAUAUACCAGAAUCUCCCUU